AUGGUGGCUUCGGGACUGGGUCCCACUGCUCUCGCAGUAACAUGGUCGGAGUUCGCAGCUGGAACCGCCUUGAUGGCGCUGCGCAUCUAUACCAAUGGCUUCAUCAUUCGGCGUUGGAAUCCUGACUUCUGGUGGGCGUUUUCAUCAUAUGUCUGCGCGAUUCUCUCAUCGGCCUUCCUCACCAUCUCUGUCGACAAUGGAAUUGGCGCCCAUUUCUCUCCCGCGACUCCCUCGUCGAAUCCUGAUCCUCAAUCCCAACUCUACCAAUUGAUAUUCACGACCUUCUCCAUCCUCGCCAUCGCCUUCGGUAAGAUGGCAGUCAUUCAAUUCAUCCUCCAACUAGAAGGGACUAACCGGAACGGGAAACGCAUUCUCUACAUCUGCGCGGCCAGCAACUGCAUGGUCAGUUUCAUCUUCAUACCUCUGCUCUGGGCGCAAUGCAACCCUGUGAACAAGAUCUGGAACCCCAGUAUUGCGGGAGCGUGUUAUGGCAGGGAAACGUAUACGAUCUUUGCAUACUUCCAGGGAAGUUUUGGCGCAGCCUUAGAUACGGCGCUUGCGUUGUAUCCUGCCAUUAUGCUUUGGCAUCUGCAAGUCAAGCUCCAUGUCAAGCUCGGUUUGGUUAUCUUGUUUGGGUUCGGUAUUCUUGCUGCCAUAACGGCUGUGGUCAAGACUGUGCAGAUCGGUACAGUUAAAGCAAUGCAGGACACCACGUUCCAUCAAGGUUAUUUAGACAUCUGGGCAAGUACCAACCUUUGGGUUGUCUUCAUCGCCAGCUGCAUUCCCACCAUUCGUCCUAUCCUCGUCCGAAUCAUACAUAAAGUCACUGGGAAGGAAGGCAAUACCACGAUAGCGACUGGAUACGUUUACGAGGCUACAUUGAAAGACUCGAAAAACGACUCCGCCAAGUCUAGAAAGGUUCGAGCAUAUAGCAAGGUAUACACUAGGGGACAAGGGAGUGGGAAUGCUGCGACUAAGAAUGUGUUUGAAAGUGAGGAGAAUAUAAUGCCUGGCAAGGAUGAGAUCGUUAUGACGACCGAGUAUCAGGUCAAGUAUGAGGAGAGCCAAGACUCCUUGAGCGAGAAGGGCUUGGGAAGGGCUGAAUCUUGGAAAGAUGAGAGGUAGGUCGGUCAAUGUCACUUACAAGAUCCCGAGGUACGGGAAAAUAUUAUUGUGUAUCGGCUUCAAUGCCUCAAUUAUU